AUGCUGCCAUCCGUCGAGAACGUAUACGCCUUUGGUUGCUUGUGCGCUGCCGUUAUCCCUGUGCCUCGUCGUGAGGGCGAUCGCCACUUUGCUGACCGCGGUGGCAUGGGCCUCUACCUCGGACCUUCUGAAGUCAGCCCUGGACGCGUCGUGUAUUUGUUUGCGUCCAAGGUCAUCCAGGUCGUCGCCAAAAUUCGCGUUUGGGAAGAUCAGUUCCCUGGACUCAAGGGGCAUCGAUACUCUUGGUUUCCCAGCAGCGAAUCGCUUCCGCCCGACAGCGGAAUUGCCGAGUCUACCUCUGCUCCGCCCGUACGCGCCGGCCCCGCUGAUGCCACAUCGCCGAAGGACCCCAGGGCCGGAUGA